UUUAUUCUCAAUUCUGUAAGAAUUUCCACCAUCUUGGAUUUUUAUUGUGCGUGCAUUGUGCAACUAAAACUAAUUAAUUACUACAAAACUAAGUUUCAUACCGGUCGUGUAUCGUACGUAUUACUCUUUCAGAAUUUUAGCAUCGACGUGGUUAUAAUCUGUCAUUAUGGACGCCACCAAUGGCAAUGACGACAAUGUUACACUUACAAUCCGACUCAUCAUGCAGGGAAAGGAGGUCGGGAGCAUUAUUGGCAAAAAGGGAGAGAUUGUGAAACGGUUCAGAGAAGAGUCUGGAGCCAGAAUCAACAUAUCAGACGGAUCAUGUCCUGAGCGCAUUGUCACCGUCACUGGACAGACAAACGCCAUCUUCAAAGCCUUUCAACUCAUCUGUAAGAAACUGGAAGAGUUUCAGGAGCUGCACGGGAUGGGUGGAGGAGGUGGAGUGAGUCGUCCACCAAUCACAUUGCGGCUCAUCGUACCUGCCUCGCAAUGUGGCUCUCUCAUCGGCAAGGGCGGUUCCAAGAUAAAGGAGAUCAGGGAGAUCACCAGUGCCAACAUCCUAGUUGCAUCUGACAUGUUGCCCAACAGCACAGAGAGAGCGGUCACCAUCACCGGCACCAGCGACGCCAUCACUCAGUGUAUCUUCCACAUCUGCUGUGUCAUGCUCGAGAGUCCGCCUAAAGGAGCGACCAUCCCGUAUCGCCCCAAACCCCCCAUGUCUGGCCCCGUAAUACUGGCUGGUGGACAGGCAUACACCAUACAAGGCAACUACGCUGUGCCUGCCAAUGGAGAGGCUGGGGCUGGUCCGUUGGCCGGAUUGGCAGCACUUGGUCUUGGUGGACUCAACUCAAGUGGCGGCGGAUUAAAUCCUGCAGCAGCCUUAGCUGCACUGGCUGGGAGUCAGCUGAGAACUAACAACCAGAAGAACAACACACAAAACAACACAAACCAGCAGACUCAUGAGAUGACUGUGCCUAAUGAUUUGAUUGGCUGCAUCAUUGGCAAGGGAGGCACCAAGAUUGCGGAGAUCAGACAGAUCAGUGGAGCUAUGAUCAGGAUAAGUAACUGUGAGGAGACCAGGGAGGGAGGUUCUACAGACAGAACCAUCACUAUCACUGGCAACCCUGAUGCCGUCGCGCUAGCACAGUAUCUCAUCAAUAUGAGUGUGGAGCUUCAAAAAGCCAACCUGGAGGCCCAGAACCCAUCAGCGUCUGGUUCUACAGCAUCUAACUCCACCUCGGCCUCUGGCACUCCUAACCCCCUGGCGUCUGCCAUCCCUCUGGCACAGCUAUUGGCCAAGCCCGGAGCUCUGAAUGCCCUCUCCUCUCUGACAGCGCUGGGUGGCCUCACUGACUUCCUGGGGGGCAGCAACCCCCCUGUGCAGACGACAGGCGUCCACCGCAGCAAGACGUACCAGCCGCGGGCACCACGUAGCCCCAGUGGUGGCGAUGGCAAGGUCAAGAGCGAGAGGAGCAAGUUCGCACCAUACUGAGACUAGAUGUAUUUCCUGCUAGGUGGGUUAUGUGACAGGUUGGGAAAGUGUUUGAAGGAAUUUAGGGCCAUAUUUUGAAACUCGGUUUUGAUGGUAGGAAAAAUGAGAUGAGGACAAUAGGUGAUAGUUUUAAUUACUUUCCAAUAGUCUGACCUUUAAAUCCUUUAACUUUUAUAUAAAGGUUGGUAAAGUGUUGUUUAAAAAAAAACUGUAGUGUCUCUAUUUUGAAGCUGCAGGUAACAAAGUUAUAGGCCUAGAGAGUCCUAGAGGGCCUAGAGAGGGGGUGACCUUAGAGGGUUUAGGGUAGAAAAAUUAAAAUAAGGAGAAAAAUAGAUUAUUUAAAAAAUGUUAAAGGUUGACUUUUUCUUAAACCUUGAUAUGUAAAUUGUGCAUCUAUAAACAAAGUUGAAGCUCUUUCUUGUUUUUGACAAUGAUUAAAUUUGACUGUGGAAUAUAAAACUAAUUGGGAAACCUUUUCUCAUGAGAAUGAAAUUCCAUUAGUAUUUUCUAAUUAUAUUAUUGAGUAUGAUUUAUAUGUUUUGAGAGUAAUGGUUAUGACUUUUGUGGUAGUUUGGAUUAGGCCUUUAACAAUUACCUUGAAAUAUUAAAAACCCUAAGAACUCAAAGAAGAGGCAAAGAAUCAGCCAAACUACCUUUAGGAAAGCUAUAUAAAGAUAAGAUAUAUUUAAAUAAUUUUUCUAAGAUAGUUUUAUUACUCUUAUUUUUCAAUGAGAUACCUUGGGAUCUUAUCAGUGUUGAGCUUCAACGUGGAGUUAAUAUUAUUUUGCAAUUUGUUACCUCUAUAAAAAAGUUAUUUAUUCAUUUCUUCUUUGAUUGAAAUUUAUAAAAAAAUAAGGAGUACUAAGGUUGAGUAUAACUUUAUGAUUUUCAAAACUAGGUUUAAAAAGUAACUUUAAAUUUAUUUUUAUCAUACUAUAACUAAGCUGAAGACUAGUCACAAAAUCAGCUACAUAGCAUAUCACCUAUCCUUACCCCUUAACCCUUAACAAAUUUGUAAUUGCAACCUGCUAACGUUCACAAGAUUAUUUUUAAUUUAUUAUUAUUUCAUAAGCUUCCUCUAACACAUGUUGAUCACUCAACGUCGUUUUUUGUCAACUUUUUUCAAAAGAAUUGUUUUCAAUUAAACUAUUCUUAAUGUAUUUACAAAAUAACAAUAUAAGAGAGUUCAAUUUGAUUCAGGUUUUGAACAUUGCUGUCCUCCCUAGCUGCAAGUUUUGUCAGUAUAAUGUUACAUUUUAAUUCUUAUUUUUGUCUUAUAAUGAUCGUCACUCAUAUUAUUUAUGUUUUAUCUAACUUUUGAAUUGUUUUUGCAUCAGGUUAUUUUCUAAGGUCAUACUUUAUUAUCUUUUUUGUACGUUGAUUUUCGAUUGUCCAAAAACUUAACCCUGUCAGUUUUAUCGUUACUGAGGCCACUUAAGUUUACUUCUACAUGUAUGUUUUCUAUUAACAUAGAUAUAUAAUUUUUUUAUUUAAUUUCAAACAAUAUUUCAGUUUUUAUAUUCAUUAUUUUACUACCUAUUGCUGCAGAAUGUUAUUUUAAUUCUUUCUAAGAUGUGUAGGUUAUGUUCUCUAGGCAUUUGACAUGUGUCGCGGUUUUGUGUUUUUGUGUUAGCAUAUACACAUAGGUUAGUGCCUAACCUUUCCAUUCCUGUAUUAUAUCAUGUGUUAUAAAUCCAUGUAAGUUUCAA